UUUUUUCCCUUCAUUGUUUUUUUAAUUUGUUGUGCUCCCCCCGAUCUUCCUCCUACCUUUCCAGAUUCCACACACACUGCAUGCGACCUUGGUUACGACUUUCCAUUUUCAGCUAUAUCACUCUCUGAGAUAAUCGGUUUGCUCCUUCCAAAUUAACAUUAUCAUGCCCCCCAAGAAAAGCGCGUCCAAGGCUUCUACAAAAGCCUCGGAUGCAUCCAAAAAUACUACGAAUACCACGGUGUCUAAAACUACAACCAAGGGUCGCGCUUCAAAGAACAACCCGUCCAAAACAUCCGCCGCGACCACCAAAAAUGAAGCUACCAAAUCUUCCAAGAGAUCGGCCACCUCUACAUCCACUACUAUAGUGAAGAAGCGAAAAGUCGAGGAUGUCGAUGAAGAACCAGCUCCCCAAGCCAAAGAAGCGAAAAAGCCCCGUGUUGCGAAGCCUCGUGUCACGAAGGAGAAACCCAAAGUGGUCAUCAAUCAUGCCCCGACAACUCGUCUAAACGUCUACGUCUGCGGUGAAGGUAGUUCUGGCGAGCUGGGGCUUGGACCGGAAAAGAACGCGGUGGAUGUUAAACGCCCGCGCCUCAACCCCCAUCUGCCAGCUGACCGCGUCGGCGUUGUGCAAAUUGCUGUCGGUGGCAUGCACUGUGUUGCCCUUACAUACGACAACAAAGUACUUACCUGGGGUGUCAAUGACCAGGGCGCUCUCGGGAGAGAGACCGCGUGGGAAGGAGGCUACAAGGAUAUCGAGGACAACAAGAGCGAUGCCGAUUCCGACUCCGACUCCGAUGAACCUGCCUUGAAUCCACACGAGUCCACACCAACUGCUAUUCCAUCACAGGCGUUCCCUGAAGGCACCGUCAUCGUAGAAGUUGCUGCAGGCGAUAGCUCCAGUUUCGCCCUCACAGAUGAUGGCCAGGUUUAUGGAUGGGGAACAUUCAGAAGCAAUGACGGUAUCUUAGGUUUUGACGCUAGUCACGAGGUCCAGUCUACCCCGGCUCUGAUCCCGUCAUUGAAGAAAAUCAAACACCUAACAUGUGGAGAUAAUCAUGUUCUUGCUUUGAAUGACAAAGGUGCCGUGUUUUCGUGGGGAUCCGGCCAGCAGAACCAAUUGGGUCGUCGCAUUAUCGAACGGAACAGACUGAACGGUCUCCAGCCGAGGGAGUUUGGUCUCCCCAAGAACAUCAUUCACAUAGCUUGUGGCGCGUUUCACUCCUUUGCUGUCCAUCAGUCUGGCAAAGUCUAUGCUUGGGGCUUGAAUAGUUUUGGUGAGACAGGCAUUCGUAACGGUGCCGGUGACGACGAGGCUGCUAUAGUUCAUCCCACUGUUGUGGACUCCUUGUCCGGGAAAAAUGUCACCCAGCUCUGCGGCGGUGCCCAUCAUUCGCUUGCUGCCUCUGAUGAUGGCCAAUGUCUCGUGUGGGGUCGCUUGGACGGGUAUCAGACAGGCUUGAAAAUCGACACUCUCCCUGACGAAGCGGUCAUCAAAGAUGAGCGUGGACGACCUCGCAUCUUGAUUGAGCCCACGCCUGUGCCUGGGAUCAAGGCCAAUGUCGUAGCAGCUGGGUCCGAUCAUUCAAUUGCCAUUGACGCUGAUGGUCGUCCCUGGUCGUGGGGAUUCUCUGCUACUUACCAAACUGGCCAGGGCACGUCGGAUGACAUCGAGGUAGCAACCAUCGUGGAGAACACUGCUGUACGCGGCAAGACGCUUAAUUGGGCUGGAGCUGGUGGUCAAUUCUCCGUAUUCACAGAACCCGUGAAGUCGUGAGUUCGGACAUUCGUCAUAUGAUCAAUCGUGUCCCUUAAACAGGACAGGUGGGACGAGCGAUAGUACCGAUUUCGCCAAUCUGGUUUCCUUGCCGCUAUUUUCUUGAUGAACAAAGUCAGCUAUCUUUUGAGGUUGGGCAUGAGUGUAAUAAUAUCAACUGUAUCAUUUUUCAUUUUCAAGUGUUAUUUCCUAACCUAUCACAGAAUUCAUUUUCUAAUGAAAAAUAAGACCGUUGGCUCCGUUGGAAUCGUGGUUUCUUUUGAAGGAUUGAUCUUUGCUACUAGAUGCCAAACCCAGUUACCGGAGCAUAUUUUGACCCGGCAGAUUCGUGUGCAAACUAGUUACUAAUAUCGCAUUUUUCUAUUCCUUAUGCUAAGAAAUGGCAACCAACACCCUUUGACCGUCGAAAUUUCAAUCGGACCAGUUAUGGGUCCUGGCUAUAUAUUAUGUUCAUUCAACAACGCUUCUAGCUCAUCGUCAUCGGGGGUAUCUUGGCCAGGGACGUGUUCGGCAUCGUCGUGAGAGGGCAUGAAUAGUUGAUCGAGAUCGUCUGUUGGUUGGGGAAGUGGUGUAUGCAUGUGGUCUCCGGUUCCUCCUUGUGUUUCAUGGGAUGUGUGGUGAGUGUUGCUUCCAGGCUGCUGAUCGUCUCUCCCAGGAUGAUGUGAAUCAUGCGACUCGGGUAUUUGCUCGGCAUCUGCCUGCAUUCGUGGCUUUUCCUCUUCUAUCCAUUCUUUGCGCAUGUUCUGCAGGCGUUUGGAAUGACCGAGUUUUUCUAUAAUAGCCAGGCCAUCAACAAAUUUGGCUCGGGGAAAUAGGUCAUCAAGCCAGAGCUGGUAAAAGUUCAGCAGGCGGGCUGCGUCAGAGAACUAUUCUGCGUCAGACAAUCUCGCAAUUAUCAUGGGACUCGAAAAGUUGACUUGAAUACCUCAUGUCCCUUUCCCUUGAACUUCAACCUAUGCUUCGCGGUGCGACGUAGUUUCGGGAUUCCGGCUUGUGACAAAAG